AUGUCUCCGACGACAGAAAUGGAGGAUACAGGAACAAACAUCACAGUUUUAAUUGAUAAUUAUGAUUCAUUUACCUGGAAUGUUUACCAAUACCUUACAGAACUUGGUGCACAAGUUGAAGUAUUUCGUAAUGAUAAAAUCACAAUUGAUAAAAUUGCUGCAUUGAAUCCCAAAAACUUGGUAAUUUCUCCAGGUCCAGGUCAGCCAUUAACUGACUCUGGAAUAUCUUGUGAAGUUAUUUCUCAUUUUUCUGGUAAAAUACCAAUUCUUGGUAUUUGUAUGGGUGAGCAAUGCAUUUUUGAAGUAUUUGGUGGUAAGGUUGAUUAUGCUGGUGAAAUAGUUCAUGGUAAAACAUCUACUAUUGAACAUGACAGUGUUGGAUUGUUUAUAAAUGUGCCAAAGGAAAUAUCUGCUACCAGAUAUCAUUCUUUAGCUGCUCAACCAAGCACAAUUCCUGAUGAAUUGAUGUCAACUUGUUGGAGUGAUACUAAGGUUUUAAUGGGCAUAAGACAUCGUGAAUUCACCAUUGAAGGAAUUCAAUUUCAUCCAGAAAGCAUUCUUAGUGAACAUGGAAAAACCCUGCUUGGAAAUUUUUUGAAUCUUAAAGGCGGAACAUGGGAUGAAAACCCAGAGUUUAAGGUUAAACCUCCAUUAGCAAAAACCAAAGUUAAAGAAGACUCAGUUUCCAGCAUAUUAGAAAAAAUAGUCCUACAAAGAUACAAUGAUGUUGAAGCAGCCAAAAAACAACCAGGAUCAUCACCAUAUGAUUUGAAAAGAUUAUUAUCACUUCAUAUAGCUCCACCUUUAAUAGAUUUUCCUGCCAGACUUAGUCAAAACCUACCAAAAUAUCCAGCAAUAAUGGCAGAAGUUAAAAGAGCCUCACCUAGUAAGGGAAACAUUGAUCUUACAGUAAAUGCAGCAGAACAAGCACUUAUUUAUGCAAAAGCUGGUGCAUCUGUCAUUUCUGUAUUGACAGAACCAAAGUGGUUUAAAGGAUCAUUGGAUGACAUGAGACAAGCCCAUGAUAUUCUAUCUAGUAUUCCAAACAGACCAGCUGUCCUACGAAAAGAUUUUAUUAUUGAUACUUAUCAGAUAAUGGAAGCUAGAAUAUAUGGUGCAGAUACUGUGUUAUUAAUAGUUGCCAUAUUAGAUGAUGAAAAAUUAGCAAAAUUAUAUAACUUUGCAAAAUCUCUUGGGAUGGAACCAUUGGUAGAAGUUAACAGUGAGGAAGAGAUGACAAGGGCAAUCAAAUUAGGAGCAAAGGUUAUUGGGGUAAAUAAUCGUAACUUGCAUACAUUUGAAGUUGAUCUAUCUACAACCUCACGAUUGGCCAAAAUGGUACAUAAAGGUGUAAUUUUAGUAGCUUUAAGUGGAAUUAAUAGCAGGACAGAUGUGACUGGAUAUAUAGAACAAGGUAUUGAUGCUUUAUUAAUAGGUGAGGCAAUGAUGAAAGCUCAAGAUAAAAAGGCUUUUAUUGAUGAAAUAUUAGGAAUUGAAAAGGUAGAAACUAAAGCUACUAUUACCAAGUUUCCCAUCAAACCAUUGGUGAAAAUAUGUGGUAUAAAUACAAUUGAUGCAGCAAUCACAGCUACAGAAUUGGGUGCAGACCUUAUAGGAUUGAUAUUUGCCAAAGAUUCAAAAAGAAAAGUAACACUUGAUCUAUCUUUGGAAAUAGUUAAUGUUAUUCGUGAAAUGCAAUCUGAUGAUUCUAAUAACAUUAAAAAGGAAGAUGGGGAAAGUGAGGAAAAUGUAAAUGAUUUGGAAAGCUUACCAAGUAAUUAUGACUGGUUUAGGUCACAUGCAGAUACAAUUUACACAUCUAAAAAACCAUUAAUAGUGGGAGUUUUUCAGGAUCAGUCAGUUGAAUACAUCACAAAAAUUGUACAAUACUUAAAACUUGAUUUAAUCCAAUUACAUGGAAAUGAGCCACUUGAUAUGCCAAAAUUCUUACCUAGGCCAGUAAUUAAAACAUUUCAUAUUGAUGAAAAUUUUUGUGCUCCAACACUAAUCACACAACCAGGAUAUAAUCAGUAUUGUCUUUUAGACACUAAAACAAAAAAUAAUAAAGAUGCUGGUCAAACUCACAAAGGAGGGUCUGGAAUAAGUUUUGAUUGGAAUAUAGCAUUAAAGAUUAAAAACAGUGUUAAAAAUUCAAAAACUGGUAAAGUCAAUGAUGAAUUUCCAAUAAUUUUGGCAGGAGGAUUGAAUCCUGAAAAUGUUAAGGAGGCAAUUGAAAAGGUAAAACCUUGGUGUGUUGAUGUGUCAAGUGGAGUGGAAACAGAUCAACAAAAGGACAAUGAUAAAAUUAAAGAAUUUAUUCAAAGGGCCAAAUCGAUCAUUUAUAAAGAUGAGAUUAUUGAAACAGAAGAGAAAAGUCAAGGUUAUGAAAAGCAAAAUGGUGAAUCAACUGAUGAACAUACUACAUAA